AUGGUUGAUGCUUUAGUUUCCAUCGUCAUCCAGCAAUUGGCCACAAUUGUCGAAAAGGACGUCAACAACCUCUCCUAUUCUUUUACGAAAAUCCGUGCUGCGCUCAAAGAUGCUGAAAAGAAGCAAAUCUUGGAUGAUUCGGUGCGGCGUUGGUUACAAGAUGUGACAGACGUAGUUUAUGACGUUGAUGAUGUGUUGGAUGAGUGGAAGACUGAAAUUCUCCAAUCACAAAUACAUGGAGUUGAUCACGAAGGUCGCAUCAGCCCGACUUAUAAGAAGGUAUGCCCCAGCAACUUGUUUUCUACUUGCUGCUUUCGUUUCGAGCGAACCGGGUUACGCCAUGACAUUGGUAAUAGGAUAAAGGAUAUAAAUAAAAGGGUAGAUGAAAUUGCAAGUUUGCAAGAAAAGUUUGGUUUUAUUCAGGAAACUACUACUGCUAGAAAUGAUGACAUUAUAGAUAUGCCAAUUAUAAGCAGGAGUCUAGAAAGUAGUUCACUCGUCGUUGAUGUCUGUGAAGUGUUUGGUCGCGACAGUGAUAAAAAUGUCAUAAUAAGCAAGUUGCUAAGCGAGGGCAGUAAACAAGUAGUGGGUUAUGGAAUCCCCAUCAUUUCCAUUGUGGGUAUGAGCGGUAUGGGUAAAACAACAUUAGCCCAACUUGCCUUCAAUGAUUAUAGGGUGAAGAAUCAUUUCAAUAAGAGAAUGUGGGUACAUGUGUCCAAAUCCUUUGAUAAAAAGAAGGUUGCCAUGAAUAUUAUUAAAGAAAUCGGUGGUAAUACAGUCUCCCAAGAAGACAAUAUUUCCUGGGAAGAUGUGCAUCGUCAACUGAAUAGUUUUGUUGAUGGAAAGCGUUUCCUACUCGUGUUAGACGAUGUGAGGAAUGAGGAUCCUAUAAAAUGGGAUCCAUUGAGGCUUUCUCUCAAACACGGUAUCCAAGGAAGUAGAAUUCUUGUCACAACACAGAAUGUAAGGGUUGCUGAUAUGAUGCGUACAACAUAUGUCCAUAGAUUAGGGAUGUUGUCCGAUGAAGACUGUUGGUCAUUGUUGAGACAUUAUGCCUUUGUUGGAAGGCAAGAAAAAGAAGAGUGUGAGAAGUUGAAAGAUAUUGGUAUGGAACUCGCAAAGAAGUGUAAGGGGUUGCCUCUUUCAGCAAAGACUUUAGGAAGUCUUUUGUGCUUCAAAAAGUCAAGGCAAGAUUGGCAAUAUGUGUUGGAGAGUGAUGUAUGGAGCAUGGUUGUAUCAAGCGUUGAUAAACCAAUCUUGCCGGCUCUGUUACUAAGCUAUAAUGAUUUGCCCUCUCAUUUGAAACAAUGCUUUGCUUAUUGUUCUCUCAUCUCGAGAGAUUAUUUAUUUGAAAAAUUACCCACAAUCAAAGAAUGGAUUGCACAAGGAUUUCUUAGUGACAGUUUGACAGCAAGCAGUGGAGAUUUGGUGACAGUAGGUGAUGAGUACUUCAAUAAUUUGGUCAUGCGUUCAUUUUUUCAAAAAGACAUUCGAUAUAUGAAUAGUAGAAAUGAAUAUUACCAAAUGCAUGAUCUUGUCUAUGAUUUUGCAAACUCCCUUGUAGAGAAUGAAUCUUGUACUUUGACAACUAAAGAUGGCUUUAGUAGAGUCCGUCAUUUAUCUCUAUUAAUGAAAGGAACAAGUACAAUUCCUUCUUUCAUUUACAAGGCAAAGAGUCUACGCACUCUUAAAGUAUAUGGAGGACAGAUUCCUGCAGUUUCUUCUGAGUUAUUUCAUCACUUAACGUGUCUGAGGACAUUAAGUUUGGAUGAGACUUAUAUUGAAGAGCUACCAAACGAGAUAGAGAAGUUGAUACAUCUAAGGUACCUUAGCUUGUCCAAGGCAAGGUUUAAAGAACUACCUAAAACAGUGGAAAAUCUGCACAAUUUGCAUAUAUUAAACCUUCACAGAUGCAAUUAUCUUUAUAAGCUACCUAAAGGGAUUGGGAGAUUGGUCAAUUUGAUAGAUCUUGAUCUGACAGAAUGUUCCCGACUAAGCUACUUACCAGAAGGGAUAGGAAGAUUAAGUAGACUGUGUGGUUUGUCAGACUUCAUUAUCGGUGGUGGGGUUGAGAGAGGACGAGGAUGUAAAAUUGGAGAACUAAAAGAUCUCAACUUCCUCAGAGGUUCUCUAAGGAUAAUAGGUGUGGGGAGAGUGGAAAAUGGAAAUGAGGCUAAGAUGGCAUGCUUGCAGAAUAAGCAACACCUUCGUGCUCUUCAUGCAGACUUCAUGAUUUUCUCCAAUUUGGUUUUCUUGGAACUGCGUGAUUGUAAGAAUUGUAAGCAAUUGCCUCCAAUUCUAGGGAAACUACCAUCCCUUGAAACCCUUGUAAUAGUUGGAAUGGAUUUGGUGAAAUUCAUGGGUGUAGAGUAUUUUGGAAUCAAUGAUGAUGGUGCUACAACAAGUGACGGUGGGAUGGUUGACACAACUAUAUUCCCAAAGUUGAAAGUAUUUCAGUUGGGUGCGAUGCAGAAGUUGGAGGAGUGGGAUGUAAGAAGAGUACAAGAAGAAGAAGAAGAUGGGAAAAAAGAAUUGAUCAUCUUUAUGCCGUGUCUCCAGUAUCUUCUUCUUAUUGGUUUGCCCAAGUUAAGGUCGUUUCCACAACACCUUACCCGGGGGGCUACAUCCUUGAGGAAAUUGUUCAUAUGGGAAUGUCCAAAAUUGAAUUGGAUGAUGCCAUCAUCUCCAUCUUCUGCCUCCCAUGAUCUUCCUUAUCUACAUGUUGAGGAGUUAAUUUUAAAAUGGGAUGCAGGUUCAUUUUCAAAGUCAUUUUUAGUACCAAACAACAACAACAAUAAUCACAUGUUGUUUCUCCCUAAGCUCAAGUUGCUGCGUGUGAGACAAUCACCUCAAACCUCGUUACCUCAAGGCUUGGGGAAACUCACAUCACUUGAGAUUCUGGAUAUCCGAACCUGUUCUGAGAUCCAGUCAAUACCUGAGGGGGAGUUGAAGCAUCUCACCGCACUUCAAGAGUUGAGGAUCGUGAGAUGUCCUGCCUUGAGAAAACGUUGCCAAAUGGAGAUUGGAGAAGAUUGGAACAAGAUAUCCCACAUCCCAAACAUCUUCAUUGAUGACAAGAAGAUCAAAUGA